AUGUCUUCUGCUAGAUUAUGUGGUUUGAAGCCAUUACUAUUUCGUCGAAAAUCAAGUGUUAACGAGUCAAUGAGAAGUUCAACCUCACCAAAGAAGUCUCCAAAGGCUAACAAUGAUGAUUUGAAGUGGGAGUCGAUGGAAUUAUCAUUUGUAGGCAUGGAUCAAUUGAUGUUAAUGAUGGAAGUUCAUAAGAAAAUGUUUGUGUUUCGAGACAUCAUGGACCUUGUUCCUUUGCCAACUUCCGCUUCCUUACGUCAGAUGGUUAUUAUGACAUUAGAAGAUCUUCAUCAGCUUUAUCCAGUGAUCAUACCGAUCAAGAAAGUUGCUGAUAUUAACGACAAGUCUACCGAUCAGGGUCUUGUCUACUUCUGCGAGGCGUUAAAGUCUCUCGGAGAAUCAUGGUUGAUAAACGAUUUCAAGGACAUGAACAAUAGCGAGUUACCGAUACCAUCGUGCAAGGAUAACACCAAUAUGAAGGAAUUGGGUGUUACUAUGUUGGCUACACUAGAUUGUUUGAUUAAGAUUGCGAGCGAGAGAUUUGAUGUCAUGGAAGAAGAUUCGCCUAAGAGAUGUUUCAAAUCGUCGUAUAUCUCAGAUAUAAGCCCUUCUUCUCCUCUCACGCCAACAUCGGUUCUGCCAGAACCAAUGGAAUACACUGCAAAAUCAGUUUCUUGUAACUCAACACUUUGGUCUCUAAGAAUUCAAGGUGUUGAGAAGCUGAAUCCGAUCAAUUUAAAGCGAUUAUCUUACCAUAUGUCACCGCAACUCAUUGAAAAACACGAUAGUGAGAUAGAAAAAGAAGCAAUUGCAGAUGAGGAAAAGGAUCAAAAAGUUGAAAAUUAUGAAAAGGAUAGAACAAAGGAUCUUGUUUUUGACUUGGACAAAACAUUUCCUUUGCCGCUGCCACCUCUGCCGCCUCCUCCGCCUCCACUUCCACCAUCAAAAGCUCGACUGCAACAAAAUGAAGUGGAAGUUAAGAUUUCACCACCACUGUCUCUAGGCUUAGGCUCGGCAAAACCUGGAUCAGUUCCAGUUCCUCCACCAUUGCGUGGAAAGGGAAGCGCUGUACUGCCUCCUCCUCCACCUCCUCCACUUCCACCACCAGCAACACCUCAAUUGCAACAAAGUGAAGUGUCAGUUAAGAUGCCACCACCUCUGCUGCCGCCACUACCUCCAUCAAUUCCACCACCUCCACCGCCUUUGUCCUUGAAACCUGGAUCUUCUCCAGCUCCUCCACCACCUAUGCCGCCUGGAAACGGAGGUGCAGCACCACCGCCACCACCAUUGGGAGCAGGUAGAUCCUUAAAGCCUAGAGCAACUACAAAACUGAAAAGAUCAACACAAUUAGGAAACCUGUAUAGAAUUCUCAAAGGAAAAGUAGAAGGGUCUAGCCUCAAAGGAAAAUCAUCUGGUGGAAAAAACACUGCCAUUGGAGCAAAAACCAAUGGAGGAAAACAAGGAAUGGCUGAUGCUCUAGCAGAGAUGACAAAAAGAUCAUCAUACUUUCAACAAAUAGAAGAAGAUGUUCAAAAGUACACAAAACACAUCACAGAACUAAGAUCUACAAUUACAAAAUUCAAGACAAGCGAAAUGACAGAAUUGAUCAAGUUCCACAAAGAUGUCGAAUCCGUUCUUGAAAAUCUAACCGAUGAAUCUCAGGUGUUAUCGAGGUUUGAAGGUUUCCCGUCUAAGAAGCUUGAAGCUAUAAGAAUGGCAGCAGCACUCUACAAUAAAAUGGAUUCAAUACUCAAGGAGCUUCAAAAUGUGAAUAUCGUUUCGCCAGUGACUCAGGUUCUUGACAAAGUCGAAGGUUACUUCAAUAAGAUCAAAACUGAAUUAGACACGUUAGAGCGAACGAAAGACGAAGAAACUAAGAAGUUUAAGAGUCAUAACAUCGAGUUUGAUUUCUAUAUCCUUGUAAAAAUCAAAGAAGCAAUAGUUGAUGUUUCCUCCAAUUGCAUGGAGCUAGCACUUAAGGAAAGGCGCGAUAAAAAUGCCGAAUCAAAUUCAAAUGGUGUUAGUGAUCAAAAGAGAAAAGAGUAUGGUAAAUUGCUUUGGAGGGCUUUUCAAUUUGCGUUUCGAGUUUAUACAUUUGCCGGUGGACACGAUGAUCGGGCUGAUAAGCUUACAAGAGAAUUGGCUAAGGAAAUUGAGAGUGAUCCAAAUCAAAUCAACCAUAGUCAUGGAUGA